CCCGAUGCGAGAUAAUUAAAUUAUUGCCUUAUUUUAUCUUAUUUAAAUAUUUAUUCACACUAUCUAUUCACUGUUCAGCUCGAGAUAGAGGUUGUACCAGGAAGUGAUGUAAUGUUGUUAGUGUCUUAAAAGUGACCCAUCAUCCAAACUGAAGCCGGACACCUUCAAACCUUUUGAUGGAGAAGUUGGAGCUGCGCGGGUCUGCAGCGGAGUGACCAUGGACACUCUGUCCAGCCACAGCUCCUACCUCCUGCAGCAGCUCCAGGAGCAGAGGAUCCAGGGUCUGCUCUGUGACUGCAUGCUGGUGGUCAAAGGUGUUUGCUUCAAAGCCCACAAAAACGUCCUGGCCGCGUUCAGCUCCUAUUUCAGGUCUUUAUUCCAAAACUCCCCCAGUCAGAAGAAUGAGGUGUUCAACCUGGUUAUCCAGGACGUCAGUGGCAUCGGCCAAAUACUGGACUACAUGUAUACCUCCCACCUCGACAUCAACCAAGACAACGUGCAGGCGCUCCUGGACAUUGCUCAGUGUUUGCAGGUUCCAAACGUGCAGAGCAUGUGUAAUGCGUUCCUCAAGCCGUGCCCUCCGCCGGUGGAAAUACCGUCAUUUUCUCUCCCGGGCAUGCUGGGCUCCGACCACGACUGCCUCCUGGGGACCAGUCUCCCUCACGACGUUGACCUGCAUUGUCCCUCUGAAUCCCAGAAGUCUGGUUUCAGCGGUGACUUGGACCACACCCGAAGGAUGCCGGUUUCUAUUUCUAGCAGCAGCUCAAACUGUGACAUUGCCGCCGGCUCCCAGGCGCCCGUGGAAAAACAACUAGUGCACGGAUACAAGCUCCGCAACUUCUACAGCAAGCAGUACUUCAAACAAAGUGCAAUUCAGACUAAUAGUGCUGCUUCAAACCAAGGCCCGGGCCCCUUGGUUGUGGGGGAAGAGCAGCAGUGUCAGCUCGGGAUGAGCCAGGGGGGCAACAGUGGCUCCGUCAACUCAGGAAACACAGUUCAGUCUAUCCCCCCGUGCGCAUCCGUAGCUGUGGAAAAGAACCCCGUCUCCACUCUAACACCCUCAGACAACUUAAACAACCCCAACUCUGACCCCGCAGACUCAAUGCUCAACAAGACGGUUCGUCCAAAGAAAGCUGUGUACCUAAAGAAAUACAACUACCUCCGGUCUCAGAAGGCUUUGGAGGAGAUGUGCACCGAAUCCGCUGCUGAACCCAUCCUCAGCUGUCCCAAAGAGAGCCAUCAGGGGGGGAGCGUGGCCCAGACGGAAGCACCAGAAGUUCCCAUUGAAGGCACUACUGCGGAUAGAGAAGAGGUUCCUGAGGCCGCGGCGGACGCUCAACUGCCCAGUCCUCCAGCUGUGAACCAGGAGGAUCAAAAUCUGCAGCCUGGGCCGGAGGCGCCGCAGCAAGCAGGACACAAGCAGUACUGCUGUGACGUGUGCGGGAAGAUCUUUAAACACCCGAGCAACUUGGAGCUGCACAAGCGCUCACAUACUGGCGAGAAACCCUUUCAGUGCAACAUCUGUGGGAGAAACUUCUCACAGGCAGGAAAUUUACAGACCCAUUUGAGGCGACAUUCUGGAGAGAAACCGUACAUCUGUGAGUUAUGUGGCAAAAGUUUUACUGCGUCAGGAGAUGUUCAUCGCCACAAAGUGGUCCACACCGGAGAGAAGCCACAUCUGUGUGACAUAUGUGGUCGAGGGUUUAACAACUUAAGCAAUCUCAAGGAGCACAAGAGGACUCACACAACCGACAAGACAUUCACCUGUGACCAGUGCGGAAAGUCCUUCAACACGCACAGAAAGCUCCUGAAACACAAGGCCCGUCAUGCCGGAGAAAAACCACACAGCUGUGCCACCUGUGGCAAGUGCUUCAUUGGCUCAGGAGACCUGCAGCGUCACAUACGGUCGCACACCGGCGAGAAACCCUACAUCUGUAAUACCUGUGGAAAGUGCUUUACCCGCUCUGCCAUGCUGAGGCGCCACAGCAACAUGCACUGCAAGGGGCCUCCAGUUGACGGCCCCGUGGCCCAGCACAGCUCAGACGGAGCGGCCGCGUUCCCCAAACCCGUCAGCACCAGUAAACCUCCCGCUGCUGCCGCGGAGCAGCAUUUCUCCGCCGCGAUGCCCCACACAGGGUUGGAGAAACCCUCCCCGCCUACUUCUUCGCCGUCACAGGUGCCGCCUCAUAUAGAGACUCCUCCCCCCAGCAUGCGCAUUAGCCCGACGUCCACCCCGCUUCCGGAGCUGCGCACGCUGGUUCCCCAUCACCUCCUCUCGUCCAACCACCAGGAGAGGAGUGCGGCCUUACCCGCCAUCGACCGCAUGAAGCUGGCCAAACCUCAGGCAUCUCAAGAGGCCGUUUACGGUCCGUAUGUGGAGAACGGGAAUAUGUCAGUGGACAGAGGACUGGCGGGGAGGCCCUACCUGCCUCCUACAGACAAUAACUGCAGUUCCCUCACAGGGUCCAGCAGGCCCUACAGGUCCAAUGAAGGCCAGUUUAUCUCCAGCGUAACUCUGUGGGGUUUGGCGAUGAAAACCCUGCAGAAUGACAAUGACAUGGAGCAGUGAAAUGUUCUUUUUGAUGAGCACAACUCAAGCCAGAUCAGAUUCAAGAUCCAAGAUGUUUAUUGUCGUAUGCGCAAUGUGCAGCUUAGACCAUACAAUGAAAUUAUUACUUUGUAAGCAUCUCUUACUAACAAAACUAAAUAAAUAAAAAUAUAAAAUCUACAAAAAAGUUCAAUAAAAACAAAACAAAAAGAAACAGGCGCAUCGGAAGGUGCAAGAGAAAUGGUUUGACCAACGUUUACUCAGUUGUUGGUUUAAAUUUUUAACAUUGUUCUAAAACCGACAUGAGUCACAAAACGGUAACUGUUAAAUAUAAAAUAUUGCUGAUGAGAAUUUCCCUUAACUGGAAAUCUGCGUUUAAAGCACGGACUGUUUAAAUAUGGACGGUGUGUCCCCACUUCCCAUGUUGGCAUGGCAACGGGUGGUCGCCAAUAUGUUACAUCCUGUUUCUAUGGCAUCAAAUAUGUAACUAAAACAAAAUGUAUCCAAAAAAUUGUCACUUGAACAUUUGUUAACCUAUUAACUUCAUGAAAUGACAGAUGCCAUCCUAUACUGCAGCCAGGCACUAGGGGGAGCUCUUCUUUCUAUCCAUAUUUAUACUGUCUAUGUUUUAAAGCAACCAUUCCUGAAAAUCGAACUAAUUUAUUUUUACUUUUAUUGGAGAACCAAUAGAAUUAUUCAGUCAGCUCAUGGGCAUAAAACAGCUGUUUUUGAGAUGCUGAGAAAUGUAUUUAAGACCGUACCACAGCCUUUGUGUCCUCCACCUGUCAGCAGUAAAAGGGUAUGGCCUCAGCCACAACAAAAAGCUUAAAAGUGAUUCAAUGUGAAUUGAGGAUUUCUCUGAACAUCCCUGGAUGCGUCACAUCUUAUCAGAAAGCACCACCAGUUUACUUUGUGUAUACUGCACUGCACUUUAAAAUACCUUUUAAACCUAGGCUUAUUUUUUACAUUUACAUAUAUCCACAUAUCAAUGUCAAAUAUUAAUGUGUUCAUAUCAGAAUAAAAGGACUAUCUUCUGCUUAUAA